AUCAUUACAUUACGCGUACAGCACAAGCUUGUGGUUAGGAUCCCUUGUUAGGUGUAGGCUUUUCCCACUAAGAGGAUGCUUGCUCAGCGAUGGUAAAGUCGUUUUCACAAGUCUCGGUUCCGAACAGAAGUAGCGGGUUUCUUCGGAGGUGUGUGUCGUCUUGCGGAUGCAAUAACAGUGUCAUGGCAGCUUUCAAGGGAGUUUGGACUCAGGAAUUCUGGCGAGCGGUUUCCGGGGAGUUCCUGGCCAUGUUAAUAUUUGUGCUGCUCAGUCUGGGUUCCACUAUCAACUGGGCGGCAAAAGAGGAGAACCCUCCGCCCCCUGACCACGUCCUCAUCUCUCUCUGCUUUGGCUUGUCCAUCGCAACCCUUAUCCAGUGUUUCGGGCAUAUCAGUGGUGCCCAUAUCAACCCUGCUGUUACUGCAGCAAUGGUUGCCACAUGGAAGCUGAGCCUGGCAAAGGGUGUGUUUUAUUUGUUGGCACAGUGCCUGGGGGCAGUGGUGGGGGCAGCAGUCUUGUAUGGGGUGACCCCAGCAGCAGUCAGAGGAGGACUGGGGGUGACUUCUGUCAAUGCUGGAAUCUCCUCUGGUCAUGCAAUUGUGAUUGAACUCAUAAUCACUUUUGAGCUCGUCUUCACCGUCUUUGCCACCUGUGACCUCAAACGCAGCGAUCUCAAAGGUUCGUCAGCAUUGGCUAUUGGCCUUUCAGUUUGCAUCAGCCAUCUGUUCGCUAUCCCAUACACUGGGGCCAGUAUGAAUCCAGCUCGCUCUUUUGGUCCUGCAGUCAUCAUGGGAAAGUGGAGUGACCACUGGGUGUAUUGGGUGGGCCCUUUAAUAGGGGGUGUUCUUGCCGCUACUGUGUAUGAAUAUUUGUUUUGUCCCGACCCUGACCUGAAGCGUCGCUAUGCUGAAGUCCUCUCAAAGGGCCCCUUCCAGAUCGACCCAUAUCGGGUGGUGGACACAGAUGCUUUCCCCAACGAUCAAGCUCAGCUUACAGUCAAGCAGGCAACAAUCAGAGUGCUGGACAUGGAGAGGGCAGAGAAGAAGGAGAGAGAGUCAGCCGGAGAGGUGCUUUCAUCUGUAUGACUAUUGAGAGGCACUGAGGAGAAACACCAGAAUAAUUACAGCAAUAACCAGCUCAAAGAGACAGAUCUGAUCUAGAGUCACAGUGUGAGUUUUUUUAUACUUGUAAGAUCUGAUACAAAAUUACACUCGAAACUCUUCACUUUAAAGACAAAGAAUGAGCUAAGAACCCCCUAAUGGUUUGACUUAUUACACACCUCUUUUGACCGCUUAAAGGGAUUUUUUUAUGCAAAAAAUUGAAAUUCUGUAAUUAUUUUUACACCCUCAUGUUGUUCCAGUAUGUUAGCGACACUCACCAUAAACUUUCAUUGUAAAGCAAAAGAUGCAAUGGAAGUGAAUGGUGACUGAGGCUAUCAUUCUGCCUAAUAUCUCCUUCUGUGUUCCAUGAAAGAAAGAAAGUCAUAUGAGUUUGGAACAACAAGAGGGUGAGAAAUGAUAACUUUUUUUUGGUCAACUUUCCCUUUAAAGCACAAUCAAAAUCCAGAUGCACAUAGCCACAGCCCUCAUAUCCAAUAUAAUCCACUAUUACGUUUUUAGCCAAUCACUGUGCUCAGCAGAUGCACCCAUCAUCCAUUCUCCAUGACUCAAUCACAAAAACGGAAUGUGAUUCUCACACUUAGGUAAAUGUAACAGUUUAGUUUGGUCUGUGGGUUAUUACCUGGAAAUCAGAGGUUGUGAUUAGAUCAUCACCAUAAUAAUGCACAUAAUUUUCCUUCUCAGUGCACUCUGUGUGAAUAAACCUCUUCGUCUCCUCCUGUGUUUCUAUGCUCUCCCUCUCCCAUACAUCUCAUGUUUCACAGAAUAUAUUUUUGGUAACACUUUACAAUAAGGUUCCAUUUGUUAACAUUAGUCAAUAUGAACUAACAAUGAACAAUAC